AUGGCUGCACCCGGACCCCACCAAACACCACAGGACGAUGACCCCGCCUCGAAGCACAGGAAGCAGCAAAAUAAUGCAGACUCGGCCAGUAACAAUGCAAGCACAAAUGGCAACCCUUUCCCUGAAUACGCCCGCCGUACUGCAGAAAAGCUGCCCCCACCUACUUUCAUAAUUCUGGCUCUCCUCUUCGGCUUGUACAUAAUUUUUUCGUCUAGCCAACAAAACCAGCGGUCAGCGGCAGACAUUUCUUCUCCUGUUGUCCCCUCCGUUGUCACAACCACAAUUUACCAACAACACAUCCCUUCUCCCACCGAAGUCGUCGUUGAUCAAUCACCCAAAAUGUCUACCGAGCAGACCUUCAUUGCCAUCAAGCCUGACGGCGUUCAGCGCGGCCUCAUCGGCCCCAUCGUCUCUCGCUUCGAGAGCCGUGGCUUCAAGCUUGUUGCCAUCAAGCUCGUCACCCCCGGCAAGGAGCACCUUGAGGCUCACUACGCCGACCUCAAGGACAAGGCCUUCUUCCCCGGUCUGAUCAACUACAUGCUUUCUGGCCCCAUCUGCGCCAUGAUCUGGGAGGGCCGUGACGCCGUCAAGACCGGCCGUGUCAUCCUCGGUGCCACCAACCCCCUUGCCUCUGCCCCCGGCACCAUCCGUGGCGACUACGCCAUCGACGUCGGCCGCAACGUCUGCCACGGCUCUGACUCCGUCGAGAACGCCAAGAAGGAGAUUGCCCUCUGGUUCAAGGACGGUGAGGCCGUUCAGUGGAAGACUGCCCAGUUCGACUGGAUCUACGAGAAGGCUUAG